AUGGCCUUCCACGCUCUCCUCCGUGUAACUCCUCUCCUCUCAGCCACCAGUUCCCUCACCUUCGCUUUUUGCGAAGACACAUUCAUUCGCCCUCUUAUUCACAAUGGCUCCUCAAAGACCGAGAAGGAGGCACGUCGACGUGCCAAUAGCAUCCUACCAUCACACGGGCGUUGGACACAGCGCGGCCUUGUCUUCAUCUUUAUCACCUAUCCAAUCAGCAUCGCAACCGCGGCAGCAAACUUGGCCCGACCUGACGAACAUUUAGGUAUAUCAACUGAAGCAUCUGAUAAUGCUCGUGUUGCUAGGGUGUUUUAUCUGGCUGGUCUUUGCUUCAGCGUACUUCAUUUCUUUUUUGGGCAUAGCUCUAUGGCUUGUUUGAAACGAGUUGCGGAGAACAAAGGAGUCGAAGGGGACGAGAAAGCUGACAAUACGGCUAGCAUGAUAUUAUGGUUGAGAAUCAAUGUGAUUAGAGGUUUGGUGGCUGAUCUUCCAUCUUGGAUCUGUUACUUGGUCGCGUUUAUGUAUGCUACGAAUUGA